AUGAGAAACCACACAAUGAUUACCGAGUUUGUACUCUUGGGUAUAUCAGAAGACCCAAAACUUCAGGCUGCCAUUUUUAUCUUUUUAUUUAUAGCUUACAUAUUAAGUAUCGCUGGAAACCUGACCAUUAUUAUUCUCACCUUGUUAGAUUCGCAGUUAAAGACUCCCAUGUACUUCUUCCUCUGGAAUUUCUCCUUCUUGGAAAUCACAUUCAUUGUUUCCAUCCCAAGAUUUUUGUAUUCAAUAAUUACUAAAGUCAAGACCAUUUCCUAUAACAACUGUUUAGCUCAAUUAUUUUUUGUCAUCUCCCUGGGUGUGUCUGAAUUUUAUCUUCUAACUGCUAUGUCCUAUGAUCGCUAUGUGGCCAUCUGCAAGCCUCUGCACUACACCACCAUCAUGAAUGAGAAAAUCUGUAACCUUCUGGUCUUCAGUUCUUAUCUGUCUGGGUUUCUGACUGUUUUCCCACCACUCAUGCUUAUCCUCAAGUUGGAUUUCUGUGCUUCCAAUGUCAUUGAUCACUUCGGUUGUGACUACUUCCCCAUCUUACAGCUGUCAUGCUCAGACACAUGGCUUUUGGAGAUGAUUGGCUUUUACUUCGCCUUUGUCACUCUGCUUUUCACAUUGGCAUUGGUGAUUCUUUCCUACAUAUGCAUCCUGAGUACCAUUGUGAGAAUCCCUUCUGCCACUCAUAGGAAAAAGGCUUUCUCUACCUGCUCCUCUCACAUGAUCGUCAUCUCCAUCUCUUAUGGAAGCUGCAUAUUCAUAUACAUCAAGCCUUCUGCAAAUGAAAGAGUAUCAUUAACCAAUGGGGUAGCUGUUCUCAGUACUUCAGUUGCUCCCAUAUUAAACCCUUUUAUUUACACAUUGAGGAACAAGCAAGUACAACAAGCCUUCAAAAAUUUGACUCAAAAACUAGUGUUUUAUAGAAACAAGUGGAAGUCAUUAUAA